GGUCUUUUAGUAGCAAAGCAAACACAGGAAGAAUGGGAGGAUGUGCUUAGACAUAUCAAAUCAUACCUUCAUGCAGAACAAAACUUAAGAGUCAACAAAGUUUUAGCUUUAAGUUAUAAUGAUUUACCAUGUCACUUGAAACCAUGCUUUCUAUAUUUAGGUCAUUUUCCAGAGGAUUUUGAGAUACCGACAAAAGAAUUGAUUCGAAUGUGGAUGGGAGAAGGAUUUGUAUCAGAAAUUCAGCACAAUAGAGGAAGAGAGGAUACAAUGGAUGAUGUGGGACACCGAUAUUUAAGGGAGCUAGUGCAAAGAUGCAUGGUUCUGGUGGGGAAAAUGGGCUCACUUGGAAAGAUUAAAACUUGUCGAAUGCAUGAUCUUAUGCGAGACUUUUGCGUAUCAAAAGCCCAAGAAGAAAAUUUUCUCCAUAUUAAUAAUAUUCUUUCCUUGAAAUUGUGUGAAGUGCAAAACAAUAAAGUUCGAAGACUUGCUGUCAUUUUGGAAUCAGAUGAAAAUUACAUCGAGGGAGUUAAAUUCAAUGAAUAUCCUUACCUCAGGUCUCUUCUCUACCUUCUGCCUUAUCGAAGUUAUUCUUAUUUUAAAGAGUCAUGUUUCAAGAAAUUCAAGUUGGUUAGAGUCUUACAUCUGAAAAAUUUUCAAAAACACAGCCGCAAAUUACCUAAAGACAUUGGAUGUCUCAUCCACUUGAGAUAUUUAUCUCUCAGAAAUAGCAAUAUAAAUAAGGUGUCAUCAUCUAUUGGCAAUUUAAGGUGCCUGGAGACACUAGAUUUGCGGAUCUUCUCCAAACCAAGAGUGCCAAAUGUGUUCAAGUAUAUGAAACAAUUGAAACACCUUUAUUUACCUUGCAGUUAUAGAGUAUGUUGUAAGUUGGAACUGGGUAAUCUUAAUUAUUUGCAAACAUUGGUGAAUGUUCGGCCCAAAACCAUCCAAAUUCCCACAUGGUUCAAAUUUAACCUUCUUCAGGUUCUUAAAGUGAGGAAUAAAAAAGGGGCCCAAGAUGCAAUACAAAUGCUAAUAUCAAGGUGUCCACUUAUAGAAAAGCUACAUCUCUAUGGACAUUUAAAGAAGCUUCCAGAAGCUCACCAAUUCUCUCCAAAUCUCGCCAAGUUGACUUUAUCGGGGACUAAACUUGAGGAAGACCCAAUGGAAACGUUAAAGAAGUUACCCAACUUAAAAAUCCUCUGCUUCCGUCAAGCGUUUGAGAAGAUAUCCAAAUACGAAUCCGUUGGACGUGCGAGCUUUAAUGGGAAGAAUAUGGUUUGUUCUAAAGGAGGAUUUCCUUUGCUUCAGUAUCUUUUCCUUGGGACGUUGUACUACUUAGAGGAGUGGAGGGUGGAGGAAGGAGCCAUGCCUAGUCUCUGUCGUUUGGAAAUUGAAUUUUGCUCGAGAUUGAAGAUGAUCCCCGAUGGAUUGAGGUUUAUCGCAACCCUCCAGGAAUUGAAGAUCAUAGACAUGCCAAAGCCAUUCAUAGAUAGUCUUAACGAAGGAGGACCAGAUUUUGACAAAGUCAAACAUGUGCAUUCCCUUGUAUUAAAAUCUUUUUGCCAGAGAAUGAUAAUCGUUAGCAGCUAACAAGGUGAAAUUGUCCAUGGUUUGAUAUGCUUGCACAGAUUCAUCAAACAUAUUCUCCGAUGCCUAUGUGUAGUGAUGUAAAUAAUUG